AUGGAAGAAAGCGGUAGCGCUGUGGCAGUGGAAGAGAUCGGGAAUAGUGAAGAAGCCUCCCCACGGCGUACCAAAAGAUCUAAAGGAGAGAAGGGUGAAAUGCGCAAAAUUCCUGUGCCGAAGCAUCGUUACACUCCGCUGAAAGAUAACUGGGUCAACAUAUUCACACCGAUUGUGAAGAACUUGGGGUUACAAAUAAGAUUUAAUAUGAAAACAAGGAAUGUGGAAAUAAGGAAUCCUGAAAAUAAAGAAGACACUACGGAUUUGCAAAAGGCAGCUGAUUUUGUUCGUGCAUUCGUGCUAGGAUUCGACGUGGCUGAUGCGUUAGCGCUGAUUCGCCUCGAUCAUCUAUUUCUUGAAACGUUUGAGGUGGCUGAUGUGAAGUCAUCAUUGAAAGGUGAUAAUCUCAGUCGAGCUGUUGGCCGAAUAGCAGGGAAGGAUGGAAGAACGAAACUUGUGAUAGAAAACGUCACGAAGACCAGAAUAGGUUUGUUGAAUUUUCAGUUACAUAUGUUGGCUGAUACGAAAAUACAUUUGUUAGGAGCGUUUCAAAAUCUGAAACUUGCUCGAAAUGCGAUAUCCAGUCUUAUUUUGGGGGCGCCGCCGUCAAAAGUCUACGGGAAUCUGCGUAAUUUGGCGUCCCGCUCCAGUGAGCGGUUAUAA